UCUCGGAGCAUCUCCCGUACGAUUUUAGACCGGAAGUCUGCGUCAGUGCUGAGACUAGAACCGCAGACUAGCUGAGACCCGGACUGAACUCGUCUUGAUUUAUUCACGUGUUAAACCAAAACUUUUAGUUUUUUUUGCAACACAAAAUGGCUGACGAGGCCACGCGCAGGUCCGUGUCGCAGAUCCCGCUGUUGAAGACGCACGCGGGGCCACGUGACCGCGCUCUGUGGCCGCAGCGGCUGAAGGAGGAGUACCAGGCGCUGAUCCGGUUCGUGGAACAGAAUAAGGAGGCCGACAACGACUGGUUCCGCCUGGAGUCUAACGCGGACGGCACGCGUUGGACCGGCACGUGCUGGUUUAUCCAUGAGCUGCUGCGCUACGAGUUCCGGUUGGAGUUUGAUAUCCCGGUGACGUACCCGGACACUGCGCCCGAGGUGGCGGUCCCGGAGCUGGACGGGAAGACUGCCAAAAUGUACCGCGGCGGGAAGAUCUGCCUGACCGAGCACUUCGCGCCACUCUGGGCCCGCAACGCACCGCGCUUCGGUUUAGCGCACCUGAUGGCGCUGGGACUUGGACCGUGGCUCGCCGUGGAGAUCCCGGACCUGAUCAGCAAGGGACUCGUGAUCCACAAGGAGCGGCAGCGCGAGCCGGCGGCCGAGUGACGUCAGUGGGCGAAACGGGGGGGGGGGGGGGGGGGGGGGCUGUUUGUGUGUGGUACAGAGUAAAAAUGAUGAAAAAAUGAACUGAGUUUGGUGAAGAAGUCACUUACCCCGAGGUCCGACUGGAAAUAUUUAGAGAAAAUUCCAACAGCUGAAAGUGUCUCUGUCUUCUCCGUGUGAUUCAGAUGGAGCGUCCAUUCACUUACAGGGAAAAUUAUUGGUUAUAAUAGUGAUCAAUGUAAUAAAGUUGUAAGUUGUUUGAUCAUAAAAAUGAUUGAAGAGCUGCAGCGAUGCCACGUCUGCUCUGAUCAAAGUCUGUGUCAGUGGAUGGUGGAAAACUAAAAGGAUGAAAAAGUGAACAGAUCUGGUGAAGGAGGUCACUCGCACCAACAUCUAGUUAAAAUAACAUCUAGUUAAAAUUUAAGUUAAAACUAUUCGUUACUAUUAGUUUGUAACAUAAACUGAGAUUUCAAAGAGUCUGAUCCAGAUUAAAAAUGAUGAAAAACGAACAGAGUUUGGUGGAGAGAAGGCCCCGCAAUAGGGGGCCUCCUCUCAGGACUCAGGGGACAGAUUUUUAUCUGAAGCGUCAGAGGAUGUGCGUCAUCAGCUGAUGUCACCAUACAAUACCUGUGAUGCCACACACACACACAUUCUUGUCUGACUGUCUUUGUGGGGGCACAGGCUGACAUGCUUGUUUUCUGUCCCGGAAAAAAAAAAACUGUCCCACCUCAGCGGCUGUGGCCACAGCGUCAC